GCUAACACACAAUUUUUCCUUUUUCCCCCAAAGAAAACACCACAACAACCAAGUUCUCCCCAUCUAGUCCAAAAUCUUCAACGCCAGGGCCUGCAUCCAGUACAGCCACAAGCAUGCAUUCCAUUUCAAAUACUUCAGUACACAAUAGUAAUGGGUCUCUCACAACUACAUUGGGUUCUACCAAAACAACCAUCACCACCACCCAGAUAGUCACCACUACCAAUACCACCAUACAGACAGCUAAACCAACCACCGCCUCAAAGCCCAGUACAACAACACGAUCCACAAUCAAUGUCACAGUGACCACUUCCAAGACUAUGUCUCCUUCCACCUCUGUAACGGCCACACCAAAAUCUGCAGGUGUACUAGCCAGAACUUCUAGAUUUGAUGUGGGAAGUUUUGUUGGUGGCAUUGUGCUGACACUUGGACUGCUAGCCAUUCUCUACGUUGGAUGUAAAACAUAUCACUCAAGAAGAGGAGUUCAGUACCGAACUAUUGAUGAACAUGAUGCCAUCAUUUAAAGAUACUUCAGGGAUGCAAAUGAUGAAAGCGAACUCCACCGCUGCUUUCAGAGCAUAUGUUUGAAAAUAGUUUUUCCUUUCAUAGCGAUGGUCCCAGUCACUCUAAUGCAUCUGUAGAUCUGAUUCUGCACAGUGUCAAAAUUCUCCCAAGCACAGUGAGCUCCCAUUUCUUCAGUGGGAGCUGGAAGAAGUUACCACUUUGCAGAAAUGUGCCCUGUUAUUGAUACAAUUAAAACAAAUCUUUGAAGUUCAUUAUCUAAAGAUGAACUGAAAUGCUUUUUAAAAUAAAUGCAUACAAAUUUUGAGAUACCCAAUCAUUACCAUAAAGUGCCACAUGACAUUAAAAUUGUGAAUACAUUUGAUUAUUGCCUACAUACUCCAUAACUGCAAAUAGUUCUGUGUUGGUACAAUGGGCUGAACAAAUAAUAAUAGUCACAGUUAAUGAAAAAUGUAAUAGAUUUGGCAGGUAAAAUACAAGAGGAAGUGAUUUUUCUACAAUUUUAUAUUAAAAUGUAUUUAUUAGUCAUUUAAAACUUGAGAACACUUCUGUUAAUAAUUUGGGAAUCUUAAACUUUGUCUUUAAAAAAUAUAGAUCAGGGUUGAUACUAGUAAAGUUAUGUGAUUUGAUAAUGUUGUAAACUGUAGAGAAGAGGAUGAUAGAAAAUGUGUAAUUAAAAUAUGGUCCUCAGAUGACACCUUCUUUGAUGGGUCUGCCCAGAGAUUACACAGAACUGUUGAUAGUUGGGGUCUGAAUGUUCUGAUGGCAUGCAAUGGAGGGACAUAUGAACCCUGGCUAAAAUCUCAUGGGGCACGUGACCCUUUGUGUGCUUCCUACCAUUGCCUCUGGGUCUGCAGAAUGGAAUAAGUGAUAAUCAAGUUGUGGGGAAUUGGUAUGGGAAGGAGUUACGGUCCAUGAGAGGACUUCUCUCUUAUUAAGUGGUGUACAAGUUGAAAUGGACUAGAUAAUCAUUGUACUAUACGCUUUAUUUAGAAUUGAAUUAGUGGUUCAUAUCCAGCAAGUCACAAUGGUGUGAUUGAGAUACAAUUGUAUUUUAAGAAAAAAAGGUUUUCUCCUAUUGUGAAGAUGAAGAUCUCCACUGAAAAUUGUUCUAGCUUGAAUAUAACUUAAAAUCCCUGCUUUGUUUUAGUAGGAAGCUUUAUAGAAGGGUUUUAUUAGGAUUUUAGGAACCGUUGGGAGUAAGUAAUUCUUCAAAUGCCAAUGGUAAAGCAUAAUAAGUAAGCUAGCAUUUAAAAUAUGUAUGUAUGCCCUGCAGUCUUAAAACUGCAGGACCUGGUGUAUCUGUGCUUUCACAUUAGGGACUAGUACAAAGUCCAGUGAAGUCAAUGAAAAGACUCCCAGUGGGCAAGACCAAUGGAAUUUUAAUCAGCUCCUCAUUUCAUUGGAAGUCAUAUGCAAGGGGCCUGACACUGAUUUCUCAUUCCCUUCUCAUUUAUACUGAUGUAAUGUUUACACUGAGGUAGUCCUGACUUUAAUUAAGAAGAUUCAUAUGAGACUCAGACUGCAAAGACUGGAGGUUUCAGAUUAUUUCAGUGAGCUAAUGUUCACUGCUAGUCAGUUUCUCUUUGCACUAGCCCUGUAUGGAAAAGUGCCUGUAAUGAAGAGCUGCUUUGAUGGUUACUGCUAAUGAGAACUCACCAUCUUAGACACAACCACAUAAUUAUUAGACAGCUGUUGGAUAGUUUGGCCAGAAGCAUUUUUCCAUGCAAGGUGGCUAGUAGUGUUUAGUGCAGCACUUUGGUGGAAACAAGUCUUAUACCAGUUACUGUUUUGUUUAGAAAUGUUCCACUCUUUUAAGUCUUGUACUUUCAUAGGAGUUUAUUAAAAAAAAAUCUGUCAUGAAGAUAAAAUUAUUUCUGUAUAUAAGACCCAGACCUGCAAACCCUUGCCGCCAGGGGUAGUCCUCUCUCUCACUCUGCAAUCAGUAGUUACUCGUUUGAGUAUUCCCAAGAAGAAGGGUUUGUAGGACUAUGCUAUUAAACUUCUUUUCUUUAAAAAAAAAAAAAAAAAAAAAAAAGUAUUUUAAAGUUUUGUUAAUUUCACGGUAUUGGGGAAAAUCUUGUCUAUAUAUAGAUAGAUACAGUUUGCAAAUUGUUCUACAGAAUUACAGCUCGUUUUUUGUAGUUACCCAGAGUUUUACUGUAUUCAGUGCUACUCAGUAGAGUUACUGAGAUCCUCUGACCUCUUGUACAGAUGAAUAAUAAAAUGUUUGCCUUUGCUACCAGAAUGUA